AUGUUUUCUCUUCUCUCUUUUUAUUCCUCAUUAUUUUUAUUUUUUUUUUUUUUCUCUCUCUCUCUCUUUCUUUCUUUUCUUCUCUUUCUCUUUCUCUCUCUCUCUCUUUUCUCUCUUUCUCUCUCUCUCUUUUUCAUUUUUCUUUCUAUUUUUCUUUCUUUCUCUCUCAUUUGUAAUUUUUUUUCAAUCUUUUAUCUCUUUCUUCUUUCUAAAAGAAUUCAUCCAGGUCAAAUAAACAUAUGGAACAAGAAAACUGAUAUAUUUUGUGAAUCUAGUGUACGCCCGUCUCAGGGUGGCUUCCGCCUGGGCAGAGGCUGUGUUGAUCAGAUCUUCAGCCUACGGCGCACCAUCGAACAACGCUGGGCAUACCAGAAACCAACAGUCCUCUACAUCAUCGACAUUGCGGCUGCUUUCGACUCCGUUGGUAGGGACUCACUCUGGCGUAUCAUGGAGGCCAAUGGCAUGCCCGCUAAACUCCUUCGUCUCAUCAAGGGCUACUACCGCUCGACGCGAGCCCGUGUUCGUGCUUAUGGUGAGGAUGAGACGCUUGAGAAUCGUUUCUUUUCUCCUUCCUCCCCCACCCUUUUUCUUCUUCCUCCCCACCCUUUUUCCUCCUUCCUCCUUUCUUCUUCUUUUCCCUCUCUCUUUCUCUCCCCUUCUUUUUCUUUCCUUUCCUUUUCCCGCAUUUUCUUCAUCCCUUCCGACAGCACCUCAACGCCCGUCAGUCUCUGUUGUCGAAAUCUAUGGAUCUGA